CCUAGCCAACCCCAUACCUAUGAAACAGUCCGUCAACAGACGACAUGCUCGAGACAGUAAGUAUCUACCAUACUAUCUCUCAUUUGUCCGAAAUAUCUAUGCGGCGAUAUACCUGUUUCUACGUACCACAAACUCUUGCGAGCAGACCAGGAACAACAUAUACGAAAUAAUGGACACUGCCGACAUAAAGUGUCAUAUUAGACACCAACUGGAGUUCAAGUCUAUGCACAUAUUUACCCCGGAGCAGUAUCUCCGGAUAUUCUCGCAUGAUCAGCAUCACACCGCAGCUCCUAGAUCUACAUAUCAGACUCCAUCUCAUACGAUAUGAUCUAUCUCCACCGUACCUGUCAAUCUUGAAUCUACGCACCGUGUCGAGUCCACACACCUAUCAUCAACUCUAUCUAAUCCAUAAAAAGCAAAAGCAAAAACAAGGAAGAAAGAAGAAAGAAAGCACGGUCACACAAUCCCAGCCACAGUGGUCCUUUACUGCACCGCACAGACAUUCCAAACUUCCCUCCCCACAACAGAGUUGAACAGACAGAUAGACAAGCAAAAUAGGUCUGGUUAGCGUUGUCUGGUGCAUGUGGGAUGAAUUAACCUUUCUACCAGUCAUGUCAAAGACAAGGGAUUGCGUCCCG